UCUCACCGCUACUCUGAUCUUGAAUUAUUUAAAUAUAAAAAGGGUACUGUGGCGAGUGACAAUUGGACUUGGUCUCUCUAAUAAUUUCUCCCAGCUGACGGCGAGCGGCCAAACGAAGCAUCGAGGGAGAGAGCGCGCGCGCGAGCUGCUUCGAUGGAGAAGUACUUCGGGAACCCUUAUCGCGGCGAUCCGGGCGUCCCCCACACGGACCCGGAUCGGUUCGUGAACAUCUGGAUCGGAUCCUUCGCCUUCUCCGCCCUCACCUGGUUCGAUCCCUACAUGUGGAAUCUCUCCAACCAGUUCAAUUGGCAUGAUAAGGCCAUGAUGUUUGAACACUACCACUGGAAGAAAGCAAUGGAGAAGAACCAGCCAUACCAGUUCAAGUGGAACCAGUACAUGAGCAAACCAUUGCGCGAUUCAUACUACUACAACUGGCCCGUUUACUUCCCCUAGCUGCAUCACUUCUACUUUUUUUUUUAAUUAGAUAUUGGUCAUUUUGAACUUUCUAUGUAAAUCGGAGAUCAUGUUACCAAUUUAUUCAGCUAUGUGCGCGGUAGUUUCUGCUGUUAAUAAUCUAUUUCUCUUUCAUUUACUGGGAUAUCGAAAUGCAUAAAUGCAACGACUUAAAGAUUUGAAAGGGAGAUAUAAUUGGUGGCUUCUAACCAGAUAUAAUUGGUCCAUGGCAACAAUUUUACUAAGUCCAUGGUAACAAUUUUCUGUAUGAGUGAUUUUGAAUAGUUCUUUACAAUUUUACUGUUUUUA